UCCAAAUAACUCACUGUCAUUCAUGGUGACGGACUUUCUCAUAGACGGGACUAAUUAUUAUUUCAAGUGUGGGGAAAAAUCGUUAAAGCGCGCGACUGACAGGGGCCGUGAAGUGAAAGUCACCCAUUUUCCGGCUCGUUGUCCCAUGACCAUGUUUCAGACUGUCCCAGACACUUCGUCUUACGUCAAGGUAAGACAACAACGCUACUGGCAGCAGGAGGCGCUUUCAGUGGUGAGUGAAGACCAGUCUUUGUUCGAGCCUCCCUACGCUGCUGCCGCCCCCCUGCCAAAGACGGACAUGACGGCGUCCAGCACGCAGGAUUACGGACAGCAGCACAAGAUCAACCCUAUCCCUCCACAGCAGGAGUGGAUCAACCAGCCCGUCCGGGUCAAUGUAAAGCGCGAAUACGACCACCUCAACGGAACUAGAGAGUCCCCUGUGGACUGCAGCGUGGGGAAAUGCAGUAAGCUGGUGAGCAGCUCCGACACAUCACAGAUGGGUUACGGAGGCUAUAUGGAUGAGAAGAACGCCCCGCCGCCCAACAUGACCACCAAUGAGAGGAGAGUAAUUGUCCCCGCAGACCCAUCUCUGUGGUCCCCCGACCAUGUGCGACAGUGGCUAGACUGGGCUGUCAAAGAAUAUGGCCUCUUAGAGAUAGACACAGCCAUGUUCCAGAACAUAGAUGGGAAGGAACUGUGCAAGAUGAGCAAGGAGGACUUCCUGAGACUUACCAGCGUCUACAACGCAGAGGUCCUGCUCUCACAUCUCAAUUACCUCAGGGAAAGUAGCUCAUCAAUAUCAUACAAUGCACCAUCUCACAAUGACCAAUCUCCCCGUCUGCCUGCCAAAGAAGAUGCCUCGUAUGAUGCUGUACGGAGGACAGGCUGGUCGAACAACAUGCACAGUGGUAAAGGCUCCCCGACUGUAGUAUCUCAGAAUGUGUCUAAAGGCACUGAACAGGCUCGACCUCAGCCAGAUCCCUAUCAGAUCCUAGGACCCACAAGCAGUCGGCUUGCCAACCCAGGCUCAGGUCAGAUCCAGCUGUGGCAGUUCCUGUUGGAGCUCCUGUCAGACAGCGCCAACGCAGGCUGCAUCACGUGGGAGGGCACCAAUGGCGAGUUCAAAAUGACCGACCCGGAUGAGGUGGCCCGGCGCUGGGGUGAGCGCAAGAGCAAACCCAACAUGAACUACGACAAGCUGAGCCGCGCACUGCGCUACUACUAUGACAAAAACAUCAUGACCAAGGUGCACGGCAAGCGCUACGCCUACAAGUUCGACUUCCACGGCAUCGCACAGGCCCUGCAGCCACACCCCACAGAGUCAUCCAUGUACAAGUACCCGUCCGACCUGGCCUACGUGCCUUCGUACCACGCGCACCAGCAGAAGGUCAACUUCGUGUCUCCACACCCGCCAUCCAUGCCCGUCACCUCCUCCAAUUUUUUCGGCCCCACUAACCCCUACUGGAGCUCUCCAACGGGGGGGAUUUACCCUAGUGCCAGCGUGCCCCGCCACCCAAACUCACAUGUGCCGUCCCACCUGGGCAGUUACUACUAAAGCCCUUGACCCCUCGCCUCACAACUCACACGCCAACCCCAAGCUGCACUCAGAAAGAAAGCGCCAAAAGAAAAAAAAUACAAAAGGAUGCUGGAAAAAAAGGGAAGGUGCUUCUCUUCGGAGAAACUUGGCAAAAAUUUGGAAAAUGAAGGAACUGAUUGAAGAAGGGGAAAAAGAGAAAAAAACUGGAUGUUGUGUUGAUCCACUUCAAAAUGGAGUACUACUUAUUCACAGGACAAGUGACUGCUUGGUUUGUGUUUGUUUCGUUUGGAGCAUUCUUGUUUUGACUUUUUCCACAUGUUCUUGUGCCUUUCUAUCCCUCAAAACAGUUUGGUCCAAAGCACCGCCUACCUAACCAACAUCGAUCCUAAACGUUACCUGGAAAUUACUUUUUACCUUGAAAUUGACUGAGAUGAAUUAGUCACUGAAAGUUCCUAGCUGUAAAUUGCCAUGUUCUGCAAAUGUGAAACUUUCCUAUUUCUGUACUUGGGUUCAUCCUUAACCAUGCUGGCAUCAUAGCACAAUGGUCAUCAUGAAAUGGCACCAUGAGCAUCACUGAAUGUUCUUUCUCUGCUACUUAUGGUGAUCUCAACAUUCCGAAGCUUUCAGGAAACCAGGGCCUGGCUGUUUGACGUCAUCUUUUUGUUUGUCUAUCCUUCCCAUUCAUGGACUGUUCUGAAAUAGAGGAUGAAAUCCCACCACAGGACGGAUCCCAGGCAAAAAUUUGGCAACUGGAAUGUGCUGCCAUUCACUUUUCACUUGUUCUCCAAACUGGAAUUGUCAAUUGUCCAAGAAAAGCAUUGCAGGUUUUCCAGAAAGUUGGUGCCAUAGUGUGUGCCAGGCUACACUCUUAAAAAGAUGUCCUAAAGGAUUCUUUGGAGCAAAGCCAUACAAGAACUACUUUUGGUUCUCUUAAAGAACCUUUAGUGGUUCAUCGCAUUGGAAGACGAGAUUUUUUGUAAAUGAGAUGAAUUUGAAGAACCUCCACAUUGUGUUAGGGUUCUAUAGAAAUGAAAGUUUUUUCCUAACUAGGAACCAUUUAGAAACCUAUUUUUAAGAGUGCAGCUUGCUCUAAACGUGUUCCUUUGUAUGUCGAUGACCGAGUCAGUAUUAAUAUUGUUCUGCACUCAGCUGGCCAGCUCGCUGACCAUCUCAGUGACUGCACUUCCCUGCCUCUUCAGUGUUGUACUUGCAAGAUACUCGGAAAAUUUUCAUUUGCUAGUCAAUGUGUCAGUCACCAAAAUUCCAGAAGGAACAUUCCCUAUAGGUCACUGCUGUCGUUAAUAAUUUGAUUGGCUGUUAAAAGUGUCAAUCACCAUAACGUUCCCAUAAGGGGACUGAUAUUAUUGAUGUUCCGCACCAAUGCUGAAAGAUGGCCAACUGCCGAAGGCUUGUGGUUGAUCUUGUGGAAACCAAUCAAACAUUGUAAAAGGUUGUAUUACAGCACAUUAAGCCAAACUAGCCAAGCGCUGAUGUGAAACCUGUCUAUUAGGCAGAUGAUAAACUUUUUAUCCACUUAGUGUUAUUUUCGUAAGCAUUCCAAAGUGGUUUUCUUCUCACCACUGUACCUCGCUGUUUUUUUUAAAGCCUAGUUUUGUGUUUGUUCUUUCCUUAUAUGACAAUGAAAGUCAAAAUCCACUUUAACUCAUCUCACAACCAUCAUUUCACUCCAAAUAGAGUUGCUCAUUACAGUACCUUUGUCUUCACGUCCUUACCUGAAGCUACUUAGAUCACUGAACAGUUGAAUGUGGACAUUAUGCAAAAGUACCUCUUUAAAAGAUAAAAAAAAAGUUUUUUAAUGAAUUAAACAAGUUAAACAGUUAAAACA